UGCUCGUUCACAGCCAGCAGAGCAAGAUGGCGGUCCCUACAAAACCGUACGGGCUGAUCUUGCCACAAAAAAAGGUAGCAUCAAAGACCUCCGUUUUGCAGAAGCCCUCAGUGUUUGGGGAUGAUUCAGAUGAUGAGACCUCGGUUGGAGAGAGUCUACAAAGAGAAGCCAUCAAAAAGAAGAUGAUGAAGCAGACUCGUUUGGAGAUGCAGAAGGCUCUGGAGCAGGACAGCACUGUGUAUGACUAUGAUUCUGUGUACGAUGACAUUCAAAAGCAGAGACUUGAGAGCAACAAAAAAAUUCUGGGAGGUGCUGACAAAAGGCCAAAAUAUAUCCACCAGUUAAUGAAAGCAGUAGAGGAUCGAAAGAAGGAACAGGAAAGAAGGGAGGAGAGGAAGAUUCAGAAGGAAAGGGAGGCAGAGGGAGAACAGUUUGCUGAUAAAGAAGCUUAUGUUACUUCUGCCUAUAAGAAAAAACUGCAGGAGCAGGAGGAGGAGCGGGAAAGAGAACAAAGAGAGGCGGCGAUGGAAGCUGCGUUGGAUGUGAAGAAACAGAAAGACUUGAGUGGCUUCUACCGGCACCUUCUGAAUCAAACUGUAGGAGAGGAAGCAAUACCAGAUCGCUCAGCAAACAAAAGUCAAACAUCAAAUGUUUCCAAAGACACAGAGAGGACUUCACCUGCUCUGUCACCUACAUCCCAUGAGAAUCUUCCAAGUUCAGGCAGUGACAAUGAAGAGGAACGAGAGCAGAAGUCUGGGUUUAGCAAGCCUAGUGGGGGCUCUCACACAAAACGCCAGUAUAGACAGAGGUCACCUUCAUCUGGGAGCGGGGAGGAUAGGGAGAAGGAAAGAGAGAGAGACAGAGAGAGACAUAAGAAGAGCCAUAGAAACCAAGACAGGGACAGAGGGAGAGACAAAGAUAGUGACAGACAUAGGGGAAGAGAAAGGGAUGAACGACAUGGAGACAGAAGAAGUGACAGAGAUAGAAGGAAAGAAAGAGACAGGGACAGAGAUCGAGGCAGAGACGAUGAGAGAGGUAGAGGCAGGGGGGAUAUCGAGAGGGAAGAUAGACAUGGGAGGAGAGACAGGAGCCCUAAAGAAAGAGAACGGCAUAAGGAUAGUGAGAGGGAGAAGAGGAGAAAUUCAGAUGAAGACAAACGGAAAGACAAAUAUCAGGAAGAAGAGAAGGAGCAAAGGAAAGAACACGAGCUGGAAAAGGCAGAAAAGAGAGAGGAGAAACAUCCUGAAAAGCAGGAUGCAGUAAGCGAAUGUCCGAAGGAAAAAGAUGAACAGAAAAAGGAGGGUGAAGAAAAUGAGGAAAUGGAGGAAAAGCCAAACAAGUUUGCAAAGCGUAGCACGGAUCAGACUUUGAGUUCAGCACGGGAAAGGUAUAUGGCCAGGCAGAUGGCACGCUCAUCAUCGAAGAGUUACAUCGAGAAAGAGGAGGACUGACGGGUCGAACACACCAAAUCACUGAAUUGCACUCAACCUUUAUCACAGCUUAAAAAAAACUAAGAUAGACAUUAUUUUAAAUUAAGUUUGUUUUUUUCUAACUAAGACAAAACCCAUGAUUUUCUUCUUCCAGUACUUUUCAGCCUGCCCGUUGUAAUACCAUUCAUCCCAAAACAUUACAAACAUUGCUCCAACAUGAGGACAUGGUGGUUUUGUUGUGGACUAUUUUCACUCACACGUUGUAGAGAUCUAUACAACAGUAGUAAGCUGACUGUAUUUGUCAGCUGGGUUAAAAUUUCUUUUGGUUUUAGUCUUCUAAUAGGACAGUUAUGAAAGUGUAAAAUAUACCAAUCCUGUUCAGUAACCACCUAACCACUGACCUUACUUCGCACUACAGUGGACAGACUGAGACCGCAGAGUGCUCACAGUCCUGAGUGGCAGGAAAAAAAUACUGACCUGUAAAUGUGAGAAAUAUUCUGCUGGGCUGAGUGUAAAUGGAAAGCUUUACCUCAUGGUGGAGUCAGGAAAAUGGGUGAGUGUGGAAUGACUUGUGAACCAGUGACUUUCUGUUUAACUUUUGUAUCUCAUGUUGUCAAUAACGGGUUCAUUAAAUAAUAUCUGGUCCACA